UAGCUUUGAGCUUUCCUCUCCUGAGGCUGAGCAUGAGCAGCACGUGUAGAUGAGCACUGUGUGUUUGAGUGUGUUGUGAAGACGUUUAUAAUCGUUUUACAACACCGGUUAUUGUUCUGCAGAGAUUGUUGACGAUCUGUCUCAUCAAGCCAGUCAACUUAUUAGACAACAAGUGUCCCAACAACGCAUCUUCAAAUCAUCUGAGAACUGAUCAAUAUUGUUGGUGUCAUCGUCACUGUGGAGUGGAUUUUGGCUUUCACAUGAUUAGCAGUAUGAAGUAUAUUCUGGUGACGGGCGGUGUGAUCUCCGGCAUCGGGAAAGGCAUUAUCGCCAGCAGUGUGGGCACCAUCCUCAAGUCCUGCGGCCUGCAGGUCACAGCCAUCAAGAUUGACCCGUAUAUCAACAUCGAUGCAGGAACCUUCUCUCCAUAUGAGCACGGUGAGGUGUUUGUUUUGGAUGAUGGCGGAGAGGUUGAUUUGGAUCUUGGGAACUAUGAACGUUUUCUGGACAUCAGGCUUACCAAAGACAACAACCUGACCACAGGGAAGAUCUACCAAUCCGUCAUCAACAAAGAGCGCAGAGGAGAUUACCUGGGCAAAACUGUACAGGUGGUGCCACACAUAACUGAUGCUAUUCAGGAGUGGGUGAUGCGUCAAGCUAAAGUUCCUGUUGAUGUUGAUGAUUUUGAGCCCCAGGUUUGCGUUAUUGAGUUGGGGGGUACGGUCGGAGACAUCGAGAGCAUGCCUUUCAUCGAGGCCUUCAGACAGUUCCAGUUUAAAGUCAAGAGAGAGAAUUUCUGUAAUAUUCACGUCAGUCUCGUGCCACAGCCGAGCGCCACAGGAGAGCAGAAGACCAAACCCACCCAGAACAGCGUGAGAGAGCUCAGAGGACUCGGACUGUCACCUGACCUGAUAAUGUGCCGAUGCUCCACUCCACUCGACAACUCUGUUAAAGAGAAGAUCUCCAUGUUCUGUCACGUGGAACCUGAACAGGUGAUCUGCGUACAUGAUGUGUCAUCCAUCUAUAGAGUGCCGCUGCUCUUAGAAAACCAGGGUGUUGUGGGUUACUUUUGCCGCAGACUAGACCUGCCCAUCGAAACCAGACCCAGGAAGAUGCUUGCCCAGUGGAAAGAGAUGUCCGACAGGUCGGACAGGUUAUUAGAGCAGUGCUCCAUUGCUCUGGUGGGGAAGUACACCAAGUUCUCUGACUCGUACGCCUCGGUGAUCAAAGCCCUGGAGCACUCCGCUCUCGCCAUCAGCCACAAACUAGAGGUUAAGUAUGUUGACUCUGCAGAUCUGGAGCCCAGUACACUACAGGAAGAGCCUGUGAAGUACCAUGAGGCUUGGCAGAAACUCUGCAGUGCUGAUGGUAUUUUAGUUCCGGGAGGUUUCGGAGUACGAGGGACCGAGGGCAAGAUUCAAGCCAUCAACUGGGCCAGGAAACAGAAGAAGCCUUUUCUAGGUGUGUGUUUGGGGAUGCAGCUGGCUGUGUGUGAAUUUGCUAGGAACAUGUUGGAUUGGACAGAUGCCAACUCCACGGAAUUUGACCCGGAAACAAAACAUCCUGUUGUUAUUGACAUGCCGGAGCACAAUCCUGGGCAAAUGGGUGGAACGAUGCGGUUGGGGAAACGGCGAACUAUUUUUAAAAGCAAAAACAGCAUACUUAGAAAACUUUACGGAGACGUAGAUUAUGUAGAGGAAAGACACAGACAUCGCUUUGAGGUGAACCCAGAGCUCAAGCAGCAUUUUGAGGACAAGGGCUUCCAUUUUGUGGGUCAGGAUGUGGAGGGAGAGCGAAUGGAGGUCAUCGAGCUGGACGAUCACCCAUAUUUUGUUGGUGUCCAGUAUCAUCCAGAAUUCACAUCCAGACCGAUAAAACCAUCUCCACCAUACUUUGGCCUUCUGUUGGCCGCUGCGGGGAGGCUUCCAGGUUAUCUCCAGAAAGGCUGUCGGUUGUCGCCACGAGACACGUACAGUGACCGAAGCGACAGCAGUUCUCCAGACUCAGAGGUUGCAGAUUUUAAACUAUGUUCAAUUGCUCAGGAAUGAUGCGUGAUAUUAUCUGUAAACGGCAUGAUUGUCAGACAAACUUAAGUUUUAGUUUUCAGAGAAUGUGCUGAUAUGUGGUUUUAAAUUGUCCAGUUUUAACGGUCAAUGUGAUGAACUCUUGAGGAUACAUGAUCAGCAGUUUUGUUUAAGCUGUCCUUUUUUCCUUGUUUGUACGUGUAAUCAUGCCAAUUAAAUUUGUGGACUUGCUUUGGGCAGCUGUUAUUAGAUAAACAUUUUCAGUUCAUCAUACUGUGGUUACUUUAUAUUUAGUUUAUAUAUAUAAAUUAAAUUAAAGACCGUUAAAAUAUGUAGAGGUAAGAGACGCGGUUCUAAAUUGUCACGUCUCAAUAACAGGAUGUGUAACUUGUUUUGCUAGUGUAAAUAAAGCCAUGCAUUGAUUUCAGUGUUACUUUGGGGCAUUAAAAGUGUUUAAAUGGA